CACUGCCCGAACGUAGCCUUCGUGAAGCUUUUGCCGUGUGUCAAAGCAUGUUGAGUAACGAACUUUCAUGAACGCGAACCAAGAAACUGCACAAUGAUGUAUCGAGCGAGGGGGUAGCAACUCGCGUAAUAGUCGGGUCACCUGCUCUCUUGUUGCAGGUGCACCAAGAUACACAGCGUGUCAUGUCGUCAUGUCGCCUGUCGCAGUCUUCACACUUGCCACUCUGUGGCUCUUCGGCAAAGUUGAAAGUAAAAGGCUCAACACGUUUGCUGUACGUGGAGGGCCCAUUCAUUGCAUACGGUCAUUCGUUCAGCCCGUGCGAGUCAGACGGAGGCGCCGUGAUCCACAUCCGAGCAACGCACUUCAACCCUCUGAGACCCUACGACCUGCAGUUACUUACGGGAAAUUUUACAAUCAAAGAAAAUAUCGGAGACGAUUCGUGGUCACUCGUUGAUAUGGCGGUACGAUCUAACAAUGAAUGGAAAGAAAACGCAUUUGUCUUCAAUUUUCCCAAAAUGGGGUGCAGUGGUAUGCGGGAGCAGUUUCCCAACUUCUAUCGCAUCAUAUCAAAGCAUACAGGGGCGCCAAUGGAUAGGGCCGUGCCCUGUGUCAUGUCAUACCCAAGGGACACCACGACUUCAAGAACGAAUCAAUCAGCUGGACAUUCCCGAACUUCCCAAUCAUACCGUAUGGACGCUACCGAUUCCGAAUAAUGACGAAAUUUGGUGGUCCUCUGCGCGGCACGCCGAGUUUCUGUACACAGGUGGACGCUGAAACCAUCCCCAAACCGUGAGGGGGCCGGGCACUGUGGCGGCACCAGAGGGAAGCAUAGAAGCUCUGCACCGUGGCCUGGCUGGCCAGACGCCUCGACGUCGCAGCUCGAAGCCUCGGCCCGUCACUCUCAUAUUAGUAACGUGACGCCUCGUUGAAAUGAAUGUGACAAAAUGUCGCGUUUCUUCGAGUAUUGUCACUGUUAUCCAAGUUGCGAUACUUUCAACACAAAAACGUGGGAUGAUAUCCAACAUGCGAUUCCCACGAAUCAUUGCUCCUGAAAUGCAAUGACUUCAGUAGUGCACAAAACUCUGCAAUGAUCAUCGCAACUUUCUGCAAUGAAAAUCGGAAUUGUUGACAAAAUCUGCAAUCAUUACAGUUUUUUGCAAUAAUAAUUGCAAAUUUCUGCGAUACUCUAGCUCAUCACACCUUGUCGCAAUGAUCAUCACAGAAAAGCGCGAUAAAAUUUGUAUCGCGCAGAAAGUGCGGUCUGUAUCGCAAGUGGAAUAACAGUGCUGGGAAAACCAGGUACCGGUUUAUCGUGCAUUAACGCACAAACGAAUGUGACAGAAUGCUCAAAGGAACGUGAUAACAUGUCACGUUCGGCAAUCAAAAUUAA